GUUAACAUGAACAACGUUGCUUCAGAAAUAGAAUUCCUAUGCGAUAAUGCAAAUAAUUCUAAUCAGAUGGAUGGUGAAGUAGAUUCUCCUACUGAACUAGAAUCAAUAACUUUAUACGAAGGAAAGAAAUUUUUUACUUGGGAAAUUUGUGAAUCAUUUUUAGAUGUAUGGGCUAAAAAGCAAGGUUUUCGAAUAAUUAAAGAUUGGAUGUUACGUGAGAAUAGUUUCGACUCAUUGUCCUUUUUGGUUAAUACAUCAUGUCCGAAAAAUAAGAAUCCUGAUACUUCGGUGUUUGUCAAUAAAAUUGUAGACAAACAUAAUCAUGAACUAAAUAAGGAUAGGAUUGAAUUUGAAAAAUCUAAGAAGUUUACAGGUGAAAUGAUGGAUGACAUUAAGUUUAUGACCAUAUCUUGCAAAUUUG